GAUUAUUGUGCCUCUGUGCAGUGAAUACAGCCAGAGUAACCUUUUGUCUACAAUUAAAUAUUCUAGCAUAAAUAUAAAAGAAAAUCAGAGAUGGGAAAGAUUGACUCACAAGAGAUUGGAGAGGUAGAUCCUCACACUGAUAGCGAAGCAGCUUGCUUCUAAUUAAAUAUGCGGCUGACUCUCCAUGCUCUCGCUCGCAGCCGCACAGAGGAGAAGCGGCUGAGGAGAGGAAGGAAGGAGUCUAUCACAUCAUCUCUCUGUCCACAGGCUUUCCUUGGGGCUUAUGAAGAUUUCUUCUCACUAACCCCUCUUCACCCGUCGGAACCGGAAGGAUGUGUGGAUAGAUGGCUUAAGAACAGGGAUUGCAGAGGCAAAGCUAGACUAGGUCUUGGAAGCUGGUGUAAGGCGGUGCGCGGAAGGCAGGACGCUGAUGGGAGAGACUGGUCGAAGAAAAGCCGAAAUGGAUUCUCCGUGCCUUGGAUGGAGAAAGAGGGGGGAAGUGCGAGCUCCUUCAACUCGUUCUGUCCGGUGAGGAGUGAUCCAGCUUGGGCUGACGAGAGGCUCCGGAGCCUUCACGUUCAGUGCUUUUUACCUGCCAAUCAAACUGCUACAAGACAACACCCUGAUCUGGCAUGGUCGCGCGCCGCGGGUCCAAGCCUGUAGUCCCAAAUCGGAAAAUCUCUGCAGCUGGUACACGCAAAAGAGAAGCCAGGCAACAGACAUAUUACAGAAGAAAGCUCUCGACUCCGAGAUCGAACCUAGAAAUUGUACUCUCCUCAAUCCGCUUAAGAGAAUCUGGCUGAUGGCUUUGGUCUGAGAGUUCAGACAUCUCUUGUGCAGCUAAGAAAGACCUCAUUUUCCAUUUGCUGGAUCCUCCUGGUUUGUCAUCCCUGAAUCCUGUAAGAAGGUCAUCAGGAGGUCCCCUGCGCUAGAAGGACCAUGUGAGUUCAUCCCAGAUGAUGGGUGGCACCAUGGUUUUAGCAGCUCACACAGUGGAGAACCACAUUCGCUCUGGAAGAGCUUGGCAACAUGUAUUUGGUAACAGAACAAGGUCUUUUGUCUACACACAUGACUGUGUACCAUGUGCAUGCCUGGUGUUCAUGGAAGUCAGAAGAGAGCAUGGCAUUCCCUGGGACUUCAGUUACAGACAGGUGUGAGCUGCUAUGUGGUUAUUGGGAAUUUGAACCUGGGUCCUCUGAACGAGCAGCCAAUGGUCCUGAUUGGUUGAGCCACCUCUUCAGCCCUGGGUGUUGUCUUUAACGUACAUAUUAUUUUUGUGAAGUCAUUUGUUACAAGAUAAAGUAUGUAAUAACAAGUCUUUUGGGGGUUUCCCCCCUAAUUUUAUUAUUUCAAGGAAGGUACAAUGAAGACUCUUCAGUCCAGGGGGAAAACUACCCUGAGCCUGUUUUUGAAGU